AUGAAGAAGCGGACUGUUGCCGUGUUUGGCACCCUCCUCGCUGCCGUUGUCGGGGCUGUCGUCUACUUUCAAUUCCACCAGCAACACCUCCUAUCGGUAGCUGGAGGUUCCAUGAGCAUGGACACGAAGAAGAAAUUCUGGUCGCAGGGCAUCGACUGCCAAGAGGUGUAUGAGGUGCAGGGCUAUGAGAGUCCCGAGUCGCUCUUCAAAAUGUUCACGCUUACGCAACACCAGUUUUACCAGCUUAACCCUGGCAUCGGGAUGAGCGUGAAGCGAGGCGACAUUGUAUGCGUCAAAGGAGUGUUCGACGUUUCGGCACAUGCCAUGACACCCAUGUGGCCGAUAGCCAUCGGUGGCAUUCUCGCAGUGGCAGGGAUAAGCGCGGCUGUGUAUGCGAAGAUGACUACGGCUAAAUGA